AUGCUAUCAAAUACCGACACAUUUUUCAUUGUUUUUCUCUCGAUUUUAUGCAUUUUGGGUAGUGUUGAUGGAAUACGGUGUAAAUGCACAAAAGAAUCGGAAACUGUUAAAUGUUAUGAAGGAGUUUGUGAAACGGAAUUGGGAUGUGAGUUUAUUUUUAAAGACACAUCAGCCACUAGAAAAAACAGAUUUCCCGCUUUUAUUUUCAAAUGACAAAAACAGCAUGUGCGCUCUAUUGCUUCGUUGUGUGCACACACUUUCGAAAUUUCCGUCGGCUGAGCGAUUUCAAAAACAAUUAUUUUGUUUUUUUCACUUUUGCCAGACUCAAAAUUUUUUCUUGAUUUUUAUGAAUUCCGAUUACUUGAAAGAUGUUAUGAAAGAAUAACAAACUCAAUUUCUGUUCAUUUCUAGUGGAUUGUGUGUCUUUAAAUUUGUGCGGGAAGAAUACACAGUAUUUCACAGACGCAGAGAAAUUUUAAUCUUUAUAUCCAAAAAAUUGAGCUAUAGUUUUUGCCAAAAAUUGAAUUUAAACCUUUUUGAGAAAUUGAAAAACCCGUGCUCGCAACGAGAAGGCCGGACUGCAAAUUUUGAAUUUCUCUCGGAAAACUUGAACCUUCUUUCUCCUCUUACGUUAGCCGAAAUCAGUCAACCAAACAUCCUACUACUUACUUUUGAUUUUCUUUUCAAUUCUUCCCAUUUCUAUAUUGAGAAAAAAAAGAAAAAGCUAAAAAAAUUGAAAAUGAAAAGUUAUAAAUUAUUGAGAUGAAAAAUGAGUGAGUGACAUGAAGAAAAACACUGGAUUUAUUUUUUGUUUUUUCUAAUUUGUAAUAGGCAAGGAAAGGGGGUCUAAUUACUUUUUUGAGACUGUCUGGUGACCUUAGAAAGUGCAACACUUACUUAGUUACUUAGAGGAGUUAUAAACAAUUUGAGGAUGAUCGAAAGGAAAAAAAGGGAACAGGCCAAAAAAUGAGGGGAGAAUAUAAACAUUGCCACGUCAUAAGUAUUAUUGGAAGUUCUUUUUGGGCUUCUUAGAAAAUUGAUCCCACAAAAUUCUGGAAAUAUAGACUUCAAAAUUAAUUCAAAAUUUUCAAAUUAAUUUCUGCUUCUCUUUUUUCCGAAAAUUUUACGUUUCACGGUAUUUUGAAAAUAAAAACAAUAAUAAAAGAAAUGAUAAACGAACCCAAUGAAUUUUCAAAUCUUUAACCCGGUAAACCCAAUAAACCUUGGCUAACUCAUAAAUUUCUAAUAAGCUCCAUAAAAAUAAAAUUAAACUAUAAUUACAACUCUAAAACCUCUGUGUUUCUCUCGUUCUUCAGGUGUUUCGAAUUGUUUUCCGUUUUUCAUUGUUGUGUUCAAAAUUAUAACAAACAAUAAUUAUUUAUGUCCACAACCUUUUGUUAUAAUUAUUUUUGUCGAUUUUCGAGGCAACCAGGAACAAAUUACAUAUUUUUUGAAAGCGGGGGAGCGGUCAAAAAAUGUAUUUUUAAUUAAUUUCCCGAUCACUUCAAACAUGAGCAAUAUAAAAAAAUCCAAAUGCUAUUUUUUUCAGCUUGUCUAAUGUUGGAUCAUCCUACAAUGGGUCAACAUUACACGUGUCAUACACGUGGCAUCGAAAAUGGACAUUGUCAUACAAGGUACGGUAAUCUAAGUAACUACAGUAUCCCUGAGAAAUCUACAGUAACCCAAUUAUUUUAGGCAAUCAAAAAGUGGACUUCUUGUAAAUAUCUGUGGAUGCAAUGAUCAAGAUUUUUGUAAUUAUUCAUUGUGGCCCGAAAAAAAGUGAGUGAUUCAAUUUUUAUUUUUUAUCUAGAUUUUUCUGAAAUCCAGAGAAAAAACCACAGUAACCUGAAAACUAUCAAAUUUCAAUUAUUUACCCGGAAAUUUCCAGAAUCCUUUUGGUUUCAAAUAUCAUUUUUUUUCAUAUUUCUUCGUUUUUUUUAGCACAACUCACCAUCAUCACAGCAAUAAACAUCAUCACCAACAUCACAAAGAAGCAGCUCAAUACAGCCACGAAUCAACAAAUUCAGCAGCCAAUAUUCCAGCCAUUUCUCUAAUUUCAGCCCUUCUUUUCUUUUCCUUGGUGUAA